AAAACACCGAGGGACUUAUUGUGUAGUUAAAGUUUGAACAGAGAUCCAUCUCCACUUUCGAGCUCGCUAAUGCUGAAGGGGACGGCCCUCUUAACUCCCCUCCUCCUUUCUCCACCGGAAUUUCCCUGUAACAGGUCAGUCCUCCCCACCACCACCUUUUUUUAUCCGAUCAGAUCAUCUGAAAAUCGAUUAUGAUUAUGUGAGUCAAUUAGAAACCCUAGAAAAACAAAUGACGGAACAACAAAUUAUGAACAACAAUACCAAUAGUAAUAUUCCGGUGAGCGAAGUGUAUUGGUCUCUCGUCGAUAAAGCCGAUAAAAAGUUCUCCAAAAUAAGAGACCUGCCUUACUAUGAACGCAACAGGUAUGAUACGUAUUUUUACAAGGUAUUCAAGGUAUACACGCAAUUGUGGAAAUUUCAACAGGAAAAUCGGCAGAAACUGGUCGAAGCGGGGUUAAAACGAUGGGAGAUAGGGGAGAUCGCAUCGCGGAUUGCUCAGCUUUAUUACGGGCAGUAUAUGAGGACGAGUGAUUCCAGCUAUCUGUCUGAAUCCUAUGUUUUUUAUGAAGCAAUUUUGAGUAGGGAGUAUUUCAAAGAUGGAUUGUUUCAGGAUCUUAAUCUGGCCAAUAAACAACUCAGGUUUUUUGCUCGUUUUCUGAUGGUUUCUUUGGUUUGGAACCGCCGCGAAAUGGUUCACCAGUUGGUUAAUCUACUCAAAAUCUUGGUUGAUGAAUGUAGGAAGGCAUUCCAGGAAACUGAUUUUAAAGAAUGGAAGCUGGUGGUUCAGGAAAUAAGCAGAUUUUUGAAAGCUGACACCGCUUUUAUGAAUAUCAGGCCUUUAAGAUAUAGUCUUGUACUGGAUCUUCAUCCAGAUUCACUACCACGUGUUGCAACUAGAAGAAGCUUAAAAUUACGAGAUGCAAUAUUGAGCAGCUACCAUCAUAAUGAGGUCAAGUUUUCAGAGCUGACAGUAGACACAUUCAGGAUGCUUCAGUGCCUGGAGUGGGAACCAAGUGGUUCAUUUUAUCAGUCCAGCAGCGCUAAAAUUGGUCAGAAUGGGGGUUCAGGGUCCAGUCGCAUUAACCAUGCCCAGGAUAUAGCUGAUCCUACGUUGCCACUAAACUCAAGGAAAGCUGUCCUGUAUCGACCCUCUGUAACUCAUUUUUUAGCAGUUCUGGGCACAAUUUGUGAGGAGCUAGCCCCUGAUGGAGUUAUCUUGAUAUAUUUGUCUGCUUCAGGAAGAGUUGGACACACUAUUUCACCUCCCUCAGGUGCUGGAACUUCUAUCAACACUACAGAGAACACAGUGAGAAACUUUCAGUCUCAUGCCAUGUACUUGGAUGCAGUCACCAUUUCUCCAUUUAGCUCAUCAAGUAAUAUUCCAAAUCCUUCUUCAAGGCAAAGUAAAUCGGACUGCUUGCAUUUUGGUACACGUGGGAAUGGAGGAUUAAACAGCAUUUAUCCCACUGACUUAAUCCCAUUUUCGAGAAGGCCACUUUUUAUAGUCAUUGACAGUGAUAGCAGCGAAGCAUUCAAGGCAAUAAGUGGAGCUGAGAAAGGAGAGCCAGCUGCGAUCAUCCUUUCACCAAGCUGUUCAAUUCCUCUUACCACAGCUGAUUCUUCUCGUCAUCACAGUGGUAGUCUGCUCACCAUGUUUCUGACAACUCCUCUGCAGGCUUUUUGUCUGUUAAUUGGUUUGUCAGGACCUGAUGUCGAAAUGGAUACAUAUAACAAGGCUGAGAAGCUGCUUUCUUCAUCAUUGAAUGCCUGGGGUUUGACUCUGGCAACAUCAGACAUGCUCGAUCCUGUUUGGGCACAGAUUUUAGGCGACCCAUUUCUUAGGCGUCUUCUUUUGAGAUUCUUAUUUUGCCGGGCAGUGUUGACACUAUUUGCACCAUCCUCUGGGAAGAAGGAAUUUCAUCCUGAGUGCAUGCCAUCUCUUCCGACAUCUCUCCAGCCUAAUGCCUCCGCAUGUCAAACCGUGGUUCUGCAGAUGGCCAACAUUUUUGGUGCAACAAAGAAAUUCAUUUUCUCGGAAGGCAUUGUACUUCCUGCACACAGUGAUGUAGAGAUGGCAUCGUCCUCGUAAAAAACAUGUUCAUGUUUCGGAAAUGGGGAUUUGACAAAUGUAAUUUUUAUGCAUCUUUAUCUGUUUGAUUGGAUACAGGGUUUUGGAUUUGUCAUUACGAAUGCUGCUGCUGUUUUUCAUCA